AUUGUACAUCCUUUGGUUUUGCUUUCAGCAGUAGACUCGUACAACAGAUCCGCUCGUGGCUCAAGACGCCGUGUUCUGGGCGUGCUACUGGGUCAAAACAACAAUGGGGUUGUUAAUGCUGCAAACAGUUUCGCAAUUCCAUUUGAAGAGGAUGAAAAAAACUCUUCUGUCUGGUUUUUGGACCAUAAUUUUAUGGAAUCAAUGAAUGACAUGUUCAAGAAAAUUAAUGCCCGUGAAAAACUUGUUGGAUGGUAUCAUACUGGACCUCAAUUGCGUUCUUCUGAUCUCGAAAUCAACAAUCUUUUUAAAAAAUACAUUCCCAACCCAGUCCUUGUUAUCAUUGACGUACAAUCGAAGGCGGUGGGUCUGCCAACCAGUGCUUAUUUUGCUGUCGACGAAAUUAAAGACGAUGGCACAAAGUCUUCCUUGACGUUUGUACAUUUGCCCUCCAGCAUCGAGGCAGAAGAGGCAGAAGAAAUCGGUGUUGAGCAUUUGCUGCGUGAUACCCGUGACAUUACCGCAGGAACCCUGGCCACACGAGUUACGGAGCAAGUACAGUCUCUGCGUGCGUUGGAGCAACGGCUAGAUGAGAUUGCAGUAUAUCUGCGGAAAGUCGUGGAUGGUCAAUUGCCCAUCAACCAUACUAUAUUGGGUGAAUUACAAGGCGUCUUCAACUUGCUGCCAAACAUUUUCAAAACUUCCAACGAAAACGACCCUCUUGGUUUGGAAAACGGAGACGAGCGCUCGUUCAACAUCAAUUCUAAUGACCAACUCAUGACCGUCUACCUUUCUAGCAUUGUUCGCUCGGUGAUUGCCUUACACGAUUUGCUUGAUUCCUUGGCUGCUAGCAAAGCCGCUGAGCAAGAACAAGACAAGCUUGAUUUGAAGCAGGAGAGUACCGACUCUGAAAAGCGUGCUACUACUGCUGCAGUGGACGAAGAUCCAUUUAUGCCAAAUUAA